UGCAUCACACACAGUCCGUGAAAUCUCAUAUAUGCACAUAAAAGUGUACCUAUGUAUCAGGACAUAGGACAUGUAUAUGUAAAAGCGAUAUUGGUGGAGUCGGAGGCUGGGGUGAAAGUGGACGGUUCAUAGAAGAUAGUUAAUGAUUAAAAUAAUAAAUAUAUUUGAUAGUUAUAGUUAUAAUUACUAGGUUUUAUAAUCCAUUUUUAUAUAUUUAUACUAAUAAUUAAUUCGUUAAUUGAUAAUAACAGUCAUAAGAUAAUAAUAACUGUGUAAUUCUGGUGAUAAAAAUUUUUUACGCACAUCGUAUCCAUAACAUUACAUCCAUGACAUUGACUUUUUUAAAAUAAUGACUAAAUACAAUUACCAAAUAAUUGCAAAUUAUUUUUUACAAAUAUUUGCUUAAUAAUUUAUCAACGAGUCUUGAUUUUAUAAUACAAAAAUUUCUGAGGCAUUCUUCAUUUUACAAUGGAAUCACAAGGAGGACUUUAUCGCAACUCUGGUCCAGGGUUGUAUGAAUUUCUCAUGGAGGCUGAGCUGCAACAGUAUUAUACAGGUAUUAAAGGAGAUCUAAAGGUCCAAUCGACUGCACAGUUGAAAUAUGUGACAGAAGAAGAUUUGACUGCUAUCGGGAUGAGUAAGCCGGAGAUGCGUCGCUUGAAGAAAUACUUUCAAAGACAUUUCCCGCAAAAUUAUUUAUCUAAAUUCAAGAAAAUGCUCCUACCUAAACGUGAAGAACCGCCUCCAGGAGCGAUAAAUGUACUAUCUAUUGAAAAACAAGAUAAGCCACCAAUAAAAGUCCCAAAUAAACACAUGAUACCAGCGGACGCUAUUAUUGUCAACAAAGAAUUGGGUAUCGGUGAGUUUGGUAUCGUACAACAAGGCGUGUGGAGUAACGACGGAGAAAGAAUUCAAGUUGCGAUAAAAUGUUUAUCGCGUGAGCGUAUGCAAAAUAAUCCAAUUGAGUUUUUAAAAGAAGCAGCGAUUAUGCACGCUAUUGAUCAUGAACACAUCGUAAGAUUGUACGGUGUUGUCUUAGAUACAAAUUCACUGAUGCUUGUUACAGAAUUAGCACCUCUGAGAUCAUUAUUGGAAUGCUUGAAGCAACCUAGUCUACGUGUGAGUUUUCCAGUAAUAUCAUUAUGUGAUUUUGCUAUUCAAAUAGCUGAUGGUAUGCAAUAUCUCGAAGCAAAAAGACUGAUUCAUCGUGAUUUAGCGGCAAGAAAUAUUCUUGUCUUUUCGAAAAAUAAAGUUAAAAUAUCUGAUUUCGGGUUGUCAAGAGCGUUAGGCGUUGGAAAAGAUUAUUAUCAGACAAAUUUCAACGUUAAUUUAAAAUUACCGAUAGCUUGGUGUGCACCUGAAUGUAUAUCAUACUUAAAAUUUACGUCUUCCAGUGAUGUUUGGGCCUACGGUGUAACACUUUGGGAAAUGUUUAGUUACGGAUUCCAACCGUGGGCUGCCCUUACAGGCCAUCAAAUUUUAGAAGCUAUCGAUGAACCAAAUUUUCAACGUCUCGAGCAACCCGAUUGUUGUCCCAAAGAAUAUUAUACACUUAUGCAACAAUGCUGGCAACAUGAACCGUCGAAGCGCCCUAAAUUUUCUGAGCUCAUUGAAUUAUUACCGGAUUUAAAACCCGAACAAGUACAAGCCGUACAAGAUAAUAAUGAAAUUGGACAAUUGACGUAUCGCCAAGGUGACGUUAUCACAGUACUCACUAAAGGAGUUAAUAAUGUACUGUGGAAAGGUGUACUGAGUAAUGGUAAAACUGGAUUAUUUAGUCCAGCUCAUACAAUUGCUUAUUUAGGAUCUAAUUUACCAAGCAAUAAACCCGGUGAAUUUUUACGAGGAGAUGGUAAAAAUGCAUUUUCAUCUCAUCGCCGUAAAAUAAGAACUGAUAUGAUUUCAUCACCGCAAGGCGAUUUACGGCACACUGGACAUGUUGGCUUAGACGGAGCUUAUUUUGGCGACAUUAGUUUUCUUGGUGGUAAAUAUCCUCAUUUACCACGACAAAUUGUAACUCCCUAUAAACCACAGGAAGAUGCAGCUAUUAAUUCUAGUCAAAUUUUUUAUCAAGACUCAAAUAAUCAUGAUAAUAGUAACCGUGAUAACGCAAAUGUCAAUAAUAAUAAACAUGCGUCAUUCGAUAUGCAAACUAAAAAUGAUAAUCUGUGGUCAGACGCAGCUUCCGGACUUACACACGUUGACAUGACUCACAAAAAUGAGGAUCAAUCUAUUAUUUCUACGAAUAUUGAUAAUGCCGGUAAUAACGAUCACGAGUAUCAUGAAAUAAGUGAUGAAGAGAAUCAAGAUAAUGCAUUGAGAUUCGAUAAGCCACUUGAUUUUGAUUUUGGGCCAAGUUUAUUGGAUGAAAUGGAUCAAAUGUUUCGAUCAUUAGGAACUUCGUCUCCUUCAUCUCCACAAGGACAUUCAACAUCUGCAGAACAUGAGUCGAGUAAUGUUAAGAAUGAACUUCGUGAAAUGCAAUCAAAGCAAGGCAGCAAGAAGAAACAGGCUACGGUAAAACCAAUAUCAGCAGCUGACCAAAAGACACUUUAUUCAGCGAUAGCAAUGGCGCAAGAGUUAACUGCUCGGUCAAUGACAGACCUUGAAUACCCACCAGAGUCGCCUGUAACAACUUCAAGUCCGUCGCGACGAAGGAAGUUUUCUUUUAAAUUACCACAUCAGCACAGCCCUAAACCUGAUAGACGACAUUUCGCUGAAGAAGCUGCUAGUAUACCAGAUAUCCAGUGGCUAUGUUCGAGUUUGCAAUCAUUAUCAUCCACCGUUUCAAGUUUAGAAUCACUUGGAGCACCUUCGACUCUAAAGUUACCUUUGUGGGACAAAGCUUCAGCAGAAUUUUGUUUUGCUAAAUCCCGUGAACUUUUAACAAAAUCAAAUGCAUGGACCACCUAUAUGGACAUGGCGUUUGACAAUCACAUGUUGAAUAACAAAGCAAUGAAACAAAAUCUAGUUAAAUCAACAGAAUUUCUCGAGGCUAGUAACAGUAAUAACAAAGGUUCCAUUAAUUACAGUAAUAUCGCACUAGGUAAUUCGCGUAAUUCAACCCAAGGUAUGAAUGGCAAAGCUUCGCGUCUAUCGAGUCCAAACCUCAAUGUCGGUAAAGAGGCGCGACGAAUAUCGACUAGUUACAUCGAUCGUUAUUUCGAACAAUCACAAAAUUACGAUACUGAUAACGCGUUAGAAUGUCCGACCGAAACGUUUGAUUGUUACAAAGAAAACAUGUCUGAUAGAGAUUUAAAAACUACUAGUACUCUUACGGACAGUAAUGAUCAAUUUGCUAAUAAUUUUUACAAGUACACAUUAAUUGACGAGCCUAAAUAUACACUGACUGAUGAUCCUAAAUAUUUACACCAGAUAAUUAAUAAAUCUAAGCUAGAUGACAUUCGUAAUUUACGAAGAAAUUCGUAUAUCGCUGAAACGCUCAAUCAAAACUCAUCCAAUAGUGGUUUGUUAAAUAAAUAUCAGGUUGAGGAGAGGAUAAAAAAUUCCGUGCCUAAUAAACGUACUGACUUUGACAUUUUUGAUAAAUUUUCUAAGAAAAAUGUUAAUGGAGAUGGAAUUAAAAAUAUUAAAGAAGUAAACGCUUCUGCGGGUGCUGCUGCAUUGCCUACUACUCUUCAAGAUCAAAAUAUUGCUUGCGGAUUACAAACAAAUAGAAUAACUAAUUUAAAACCUGUAACUUCAAUUGCCGAUAAUUCAAAUGAUUAUGUCAAUGCAAUAAGAGCUGGUCAAAAUUAUCCGAAAAAUGAUUUCAAGAAAAAAAGUGAUUUAUUGCCGUAUUCAAUUUUACACAAUCCUCUUUUUAUUUCAGAACCAAUUAAAAAAGACAUUGAUAUUAGCAGCAGCGGUUCCGAAAGUUUGAGAUUAAACUUUGAACGUUUGAGAUUACAGUCGGAUAUUGAAACUAAAAAUCAAAUUCAAUUGAAUAGUAAAAUUUCAAUGGGAGAUAAUUUUCAAUGUGGAGUUUUUACUUCAAAAAAUGUUAAGCAUUAUCCAGAUGAUAAGAAGCGCACUGAGGAUCCGUCAAAGUUGUCACAAAAUAUCGCGGUGACACAAUUUGAUAACAAAAAUAUCGCACGUAAUUCGAGAAAUUUGGAAUUAUUGCCGGGUAUUAAGUCUGAGUUAAAUACCGGUAUUGAUUUACCAGCAAAUGAACAAUUUAUUUUGGCUAGUGAAAAUAUCCCGAUGCGCGAUCAGCCGAAUCGUGUUAAUAACAUUGCGCAGCCGAAAUUAAUGAAUGAAGGCAAUGCCACGGGGUUAGAAUUACAUUUGAAUGCAGCAGUACGUAAUAAAAUGGGAAUUAAUUCAAAGACACAUCAGCGUUUAUUAGAAUUCCCUAGACGCUGUCGUAAUGAAAUAAUUAAUAGAAAUAAUAAACUAAUAAAACAACCUGGAUCAAUAGACAAUAACAAAGUAGAUAUAGAUAAAAAUUUAUGUCGUCCACGUACUUUUUCUUUGUCAGAUGCCGUUAAAAACACCACGAGAAAAAGCAUCAGAUCAUUUUACUCGAGCAGUCAGUGCAGUGAUGAUUCAGAUUCAAUUUUUUAUUCCGACACAGACAUACGGAGCCGGUUGAAAUUUCAGCGACGGCGUAAAAAAGUAUCCGGAAACUCAAAAGUUGGUUACAAUAAAAAGAACCGGGAAUCUUUAGGCGUUUAUCCAAAUGACGUUGCAUCAUCUUACUCGAUUAUUCAGAAUUCUGAAAAAUCACCACUGCCUUCAACGAGUUUUUUGAAUUCUUUAUCGUCCCAAUUUUCAUUAUGCAAUCAGACGGUAUCUUGGCCAGAGAGUGCACCAAGUUCAAGUCAAACUUUCACUAGUAAUUCAGAUUUAGACUCUGACACUAGUUCCGAGUACUCAGAAUUUAUGAAUGACACAUGAAUUUAUUUUUUAAAUAUUUAUGAGGUAAUUGUAAUUAUUACUGAUUACAAUGACUAGACUGGAUAAUGAAUAUCUGCAUUGCUCUAAUUUUAAAAUGGCCUGAUAUUGUUUUAGUACGGAAGAAGAAAAUCAAAUAAUUUUGUACUUGACGUUAAGAAUUUUUAUUAUAAAUUAUUCAGUUAUAUUUAAUUACAUUUUGCUGGCUUUCUCUCAAGACAUUUAUCAUUAUGCACAAUAACGUAAUAAAAGUUAAGAAAUUGACUUAUAAUUUUUUAAAUACAGUAUUAAAAAUGAAAUUUCAAUUUGCAAAAUAUAACAUACCAAUUAUCGUUUAAUAAUCUGUUAUUUUCAUUUGCUAAUUACUGGAAUCAUUUAUUGUACACAGUGAUCGUUGAGAAAGUUUAUUACUUAUUUGUGAGUUAUGAGGAAUAUUUAAUAAGAGUUAUUUUAUUAGUUAUUAUUUUAUAUUAAUGUAAGUUGAUAGUUUAUUAAUGGUCUGUUAAUCAGUUAACCUACCAAACAUUCGAGGCAUUUGAUUUACAUUUAGUUAAAGUCACAAUAGACAAUAAGAAGACUUAAUAACAAUAAAUAAUAAGUAAUAUAAUGGUAAGAGAAAGUGAAGCGUCGGAUCGAUCUUCACUGGCUAUAAACCCCUCAAGUUUUAUCAAGUACUGCGUGCGAAUGGAACGGAAACUGUAUUGAAUGUAUAUACAGUGAUCAUGGAUUAAAGGUCGGUGUGGUUUAUCGACCUCGGCUACUUAGACUAGACCGACAGCCGUAAGAAAAUAGGAUCGAAUUAACAAUCAGACUUUCGAAUAUUAAUUUAUAUAUUGUUUCCUCUACUUUAUUUUGUCUUUUAAUUAAUUACUGUACGAUAAUAUUUGAUAAUUCUU